AUGAACGCCAUCCACAACACGAGGGAUCGACCUCGUCUCCCGUGUCGUUUUCUCGGAUGCGAGAAAACCUAUUUAAACAAGCGAGAUGUUGUGAUCCACGAACGAAUUGAACAUGUCGAAAAUCCGGUCCGAUUUCGGUGUACACUUUGCAGAAAGGAAUUCAAAAGCAGGAGAGAAGUUCAGGGUCAUAUUCUCACCCACACGACCGAGAAGCUGUACACUUGUGCUACUUGUGGGAAGAGUUUCGCCCAAAGGGAAGCCAUGAAGAGUCACGAGAAGAUACAUUUGGAGAAAUCCGCCCGAGACCGGUCAAAGUGCAGCGUCUGCCCUCAGACCUUCUUAACUAGACAUGGUCUACAAGGACAUUUUCGAGCUGUGCAUGAAAAUCAGAGGAAUUAUCCGUGCCCAUUGUGCGACAAGAGAUUCACCCAGCCAUCAAACUUGAAGCGGCACGUGGAGGGGCAGCAUGCUGCGAAUAAGGAGCUGGUCCAUUCCUGCGACAGAUGCGAGGACAAGACCCAUUCGAAACGCAAUUUGGCCAGACACAGAGCCAAUUUACAGAAAUACACCAAAGGCAUCCACAGCACGAGUGAACGACCGCGUCUGCCAUGUGGCUUUCUUGGAUGUGAGAAAACCUUCCUAAACAAGGGAAACAUUUCGCGACACGUGAAUAAUGUACACGCCCAGAACCCUGUCCGAUUUCCAUGCACACUUUGCGGGAAGGGCUUCAAAGCGAGGGGCGAACUUGAGAACCACAUUCCCACCCACACGACGGAGAAACCAUACAAAUGUGGCACUUGUGGGAGGAAUUUCACGUACAAAUCAGCCCUGACUCGUCACGAGAUAACGCAUUUAGAAAAAUCUACCCGAGACAUGUUACAGUGUCAGGUCUGUCCUCAGACCUUCUUAAGUAGGACAAAUCUGAAAUCGCACAUCCGAGCUGUGCAUGAAAAUCAGAGGAAUUAUCCGUGCCCAUUAUGUGACAAAAGAUUUGCCAACUCAUCAAACUUGAAGCGUCACGUGGUGGCGCAUCAUGCCGCGAAUAAAGAGCUGGUCCAUUCCUGCGACAAGUGUGAGUACAAGAGCCACUCGAAGGCCAAUCUGGCCUGUCACAGAAAACGCCACAAUGCAGCGAGGCAUGGAUGUUACUUCUGUGCGAAGAAGUUCGUACUUUUUUCCGAAUUGGUCAGACAUUGUAGAAUUCAUACUUUGGAAAAGUUGAGAUACUUACGUAUGUAGUGGGAGUGUCAACAAUUUGGGAAAUUUUACUAAAUUUGCGACAUUAGGGAAAUUUACAUAUUUUGUAGAAAGCCAUGGGAUUUUAGUUACAAAUUUAUC